AUGCGGGGUGACGACAUGGCGCGCGUCGUCUCGGACCUGAUCCGGGAGAGGCUUAUCGAGCCGUACGUGGACGCCGACCUGAGGUCUUUCGAUCUGUCAAUCGAACAUCGCAACCAGACCAAUGACACGGUCACCCUGGAUGCCGCCCAGGCGCUCAAGGUACACAACGUGCGCGGCGUCAAGUGCGCCACCCUCACGGCCGAGAAAGACGUUCUCGAGAAGUACCACUUCAAGCGCACGUGGAUGUCACCCAACGGCGUCAUUGGCAACGCCCUCGGUGGUGACGUGUUCCGGAAGCCCAUCGCCUGCCGCAACAUCCCUCCGCUCGUGAAGCAGUGGCGCAGGCCCAUCAUCAUCGCGCGCCACGCGUUCGGCGACCAGUACAAGGGCCAGGACUACGUGGCCCCCGGAUCAGGCACGCUCCAGAACAAGUACUCGCCUACCAUGGGAGCUCCCUACAACAAUCACCGCCGACAGGUGGCUUGUUCCUCGUUCGCGUACGACCUAUUUUUUGCAGUCUCUUAG